CUCUGACAACACGGCAAAUCGCAGUCAUCGCGCAGCUCCAAGAACCUCCCAGAGUCGGGCGCGAUUGAUGCGCCCUAUUGUCCCGGCAACAUGUCUGCUCCUUUGACCGACGACGAGAGGGCCACCUACACCCGCAUCAUUGAUGACAUUCUUGCCUCGGCCGACCUUGAGACAGUGACGCGCAAAAAGAUCCGCCAGGGUCUAGAGGAAGCUGUCGGCAAGGACCUCAGCGAUCAGAAAGAUGCCAUCAAGCGGCUGAUCGAGGCCCGCUUCGACGCCAUCUCCAACGAGAUAGCCCAGGUCCCGACUCCAACAUCCGGCGCGAACGGCACCAACGGCCACUCGGCCUCCGAUGGCGAGACGGGCGAGGGCGCCAUCGAGGUCUCGCUGCCGCCAGCAAGCAAAAAACAGAAGCGGGAGAGCCCAAGCGAGGAUGCGGAUGCGCGCCUGGCCGCUGAGCUCCAGGCGCAAGAGAACCGGCUAUCUCGCGGCCGGGUGACCCGCGGUGCCGGCACGGCCAAGACAAAGAUGAAGGCCAAGGCGACCAAGAAAAAGAGCGCCAAGCGGGUGCGCUCCGACGACGAUAGCAACGCCGAGGAUUCCGAAGGCAGUGAAAAACCGAAGCGGAAGGCCGGAGGUGGCUUUCAGAAGCCCUUCAAUCUCAGCGAACCGCUGGCGAAUCUCUGCGGAGAGAGCCAGCUGUCCCGCCCGCAAGUUGUCAAGAAGCUUUGGGAUUACAUCAAGGAAAACGGGCUCCAGGACCCCAACGACAAGCGGCAGAUCCGCUGCGAUGAGAAACUGCAUGCCGUCUUCAAACAGGACAAGAUUAACAUGUUCUCCAUGAACAAGCUUCUCGGGAAUCAACUCUAUCCCGUCGAGGAGUAGCCGUUGAGCCGGAACUACGGUUGGUUAUGGCAGGAUAGGCCGGAGUGCAUGGCGUUCUCGGGAGACACUUGACCUGACAUAGGGAUGAUGCGGUCACGCCGCUUCUCUUCAGUUCGCUGAUACACUAAGCGUCAGGAUCUCGAUUUGUUUUACCGGGAAUUCUAAGGGCGGAUUCCACGGAAGCGCCACACCGCGUCUUUCGUCGGAUUCCUUCGUCAUCAAGCCAUCUGAGAACGCCGCGGACCGAGACAUAUACCCCUUAUGGCUUGUCGCGCAGGGCAAUUUCAAUUUUGCCUCUCUUCCUGUUUCAACUUUGGCAAAUAUCAAGUCGCAGAGCCGACGCUUGCGACGUUAAGGAUAUUCAGCAAGUCCAGGAUCCCCC